UCCUAAAGACAUGCCUAUUCAAGCUAGCAGUACGUUGGACCAACGUUGGCCCUCCAUAAACACGAGUAUUCAUACCUUGGACACAUGAUUAUUGUUAAUUGGUCCAUAAAUUAAAUAUAUAUGAUGUACAAUGUAAGUUUUGAGGUAAUGAUGUACAUAUACAAGUUAGUAGAAGUACGUUUUUUUAUAAUAUAAGCCCAGUCUGCCUAAGACUACUAAUGUUAAGAUAUUGUGCAUCUGCUUAAUAACUGAUAGCAAAAUGGCGAUUUGAACUUAAUUUAUUGAAAGGAAAAAUGUUUUAAAUAAAAAUGUUCUCUGUUCUACACACUUUGUAAAGCAGAUAUAGUUAUGAAAUGUUGCAUUCAAGUUCAGAUACCAUCCAGUCUGUUGAUUUCUUAUACAAUUUAUAAUUCCAUGAGUGUAUUAUAACGGGGGAAAAUAACUUAAGACAAAAUUGAGAGUUACCCUACAACAGUUUACAUAAUAUAGAAUUUGAUGACUAAUUGGAAAAUAUUCCCAGAGACAGGAUGCGAAAAGAGGUAAAAUACACAUAAAUCAAGAUAACGUUUCUAACCAGCUUUAUAAUUGCAUUGAAACAAAACACUAAACCGAGAGAGUCGCAGCGAUUUAAAUGGUGAUGCUGUCAAAUUUAAUUACCCACAUGUGGAUGUUUCACUCAAAACGCGGGCAAGUAAGAGAAAGGGAAAUUCAAAUUCUAUGGAUUAAACAACAGUGUGUCUGAAAAGAGAUGUCAUCAGAUUAUAAGUAUGCAGUGGUUGAAUUCCCAGAAGAGGAAGAGGUUGAAGUGGUACCAAUAGUGUGGCUGACAUCAAAAGACACAAAAUGUCGCUGGCCACCAUAUAGGUCUUCAGACAAAACAAAAUUAGCUAUCAAAGGGGCCAUAGAACCUACAAGUGAUUUUUUAACUCUUCCAGUGAGAGUUUUGAAAAAAUACAGUGAUUAUUUAGAGGCUCGAAAGCAUUUGACAAAGGCAACAUAUACCUCAGAUCUGCAAACUGAUGCAGAAGAAGAUAAUGCUAGUGUUGCCAAAAAAAGAUCUAAAAGACCAAAUCCUAGAUUUCUCUCCUCGGACGAGUCAGAAGAGGAACCAGAAAUGCCAAACAUUCGAAGGAGGCAGUCUCCAAGAAAAAAGAGAGAUGCAACAAAUGUACCCCCGUUACCAGCUCUACCACCACCACCUUCUCCCCAAAGACAGGAGACCAGACAAUCAGUUGACUGUCAGAGAGCAACCGUCAGUGGCAGAAUACAUGCCACAAGUUCUACUAGUUCUGGAUCUUUCCCAUCAGUAGAGCUAAAUUCAACGUUCUUUGAUAAAGGUCCCUAUCCAACAACUACAACUGCUUUAGAUAAGAAGAUUCUUGAAUGUAUAGAAGAAGUAAAAGUACAAACGCAUCACAACACCAAACUGCUUCAGGCCAUUAUGAAAAAGCUUGAUGGACUGUCAGUGGCAGAUGAUGCUACAGAGGAGGGAGCAAAUGAAAUUAACAUCAAUUUUCCGCUGACAACAAAAGACAUGCUUCUUGAAUUAGAGGAUAAUCUGCAGAACGAAAACACUGUCAGGAAGUUGGUUAAGUCUUUGAGUACCAUUGGAGGUGAAAAUGUGAAGAAUUCUGUUAGACGCCUUUUGGGCCACAUGAUCUCCAGUGAAUUAGCAAAGACCAUUAACUGGGUUGGAAAAGGCGGAAAGAUUGCCUUUUCAACAUUGAAACUUAACAACGUUUUAAAAGCUACCAUACGGAAAAAUAGACUUUGUGCAACAUCAACUGAUUCUGAAAUAGCAGUUAUUGCAAAAGAUUGGUUUAGAUUUGCUGGUGACAGGGAUGGAGGCAGGAAAAAAAGGGAAGAAAUAAGAAAGGCAAAAGUUGCAGAAGAAGGCCGAGAGCAAUCAGCUGUGGCAGAACCUGCAAGUGACACUGAACUUUAAUAUUUUAAAGGCAGCAGUUAUGUACAUUGAUCAUACACCAGCUAUCGUUCUAGAGACUCUCAUAUUUUAAUUUUAAUCCAAUAAUUAUUUUAAAAUUGCAUUCAUACAGAAAACAGGAUAAAAAUAAAUUUGUAAAUUUAUCAGAAUUUGCCUUGCAAUUGAUUUCGAAUUUUGAAACUGGUCUAUUUUUGGUCCC